AUGAACAUUGUAGGAAAGCUCAGUUUAAUGAUACCGUGGAGUGUAUUCUUGCUUCAUUCACUGCUGUCCACUUUGCAAGGAUCUUAUUGCAAGCUUCCUCUUUUGAGAAGAACUUUGAGAACUGAGUCUAAUGCAACUCGACAGAAAAGAGAUCUUGUAACAGCCGAGGUUCAAUCUGCCUCUCGGUUGCACCAUCAUGGGACCCUGAUGCGGAGUCCACCAGGAGGUUCAUGUCCUCAGGAGUGCCUUAAUGGAGCAGCCUGCACAGAGGGAGGUGACUGUGACUGUCAGUUAUUCCAGGCUCAAGGAAGCAGGUGCCAAAUUGUACCUAACACUGGCAAGGACCGAGAUGGGAUUUGCAAAUCAUGGGGACAGUAUCAUUUUGAAACAUUUGAUGGCAUCUACUACUACUUCCCAGGGAAUUGCUCCUAUAUAUUUGCAAAAGACUGCAGUACUCUGGAGCCCCAAUACACUGUUUGGGUUCAUAACAGUCCUCACUGUUAUGGUUCAGUAUAUACUUGUCAUAGGUCUAUCAGCUUAUUUUUUUCAAACCAAGAAGAAAUAAUGAUUUCAGGACAUGAAGUAAGAAAAAAUGGAAUCAGAUUAAUAUUGCCUCAGACAGUUGGAAAUGCUUUCAUUGAGAGACUGGCUGACUAUAUUCUUGUGAAGACUACCUUUGGUUUUUCUCUUGCUUGGGAUGGCAACUCUGGUAUUUAUAUUAAGCUGACAGAAGAUCAUAAGGGAAAACCUUGUGGCCUUUGUGGAAAUUUUAAUGGCAAUAAAUAUGAUGACCUGAUACUUCAAAACAGUGAAUAUACAGAAGACAUUGCUGAAUUUGCAAAUAGCUGGGCUGUACAAGCCUCAGACGAUAUAGCUUGUGUCCCUACUGCUUCAGAUUUUUCCAGUCCUUGCUCGGCCAAUGCAGAAUCCACUGAGGACAUAUUCUUCAAGUGCCAAAUAUUCCUACAGUUUCCUUUUCUCAGCUGUCAUGAAAGUAUAGAUCCAUAUUCUUAUAUUUCAAGUUGUAUGAAUGAUCUUUGCAGAGUGGAUGAUGAUGAAACAUACUGCAGGGCAGUGACAGAGUACGCUAGAGCAUGUUCUCACGCUGGGUCCCCAGUGCGGGACUGGAGGGAUGACUUUCCUGCCUGUACUGAGAAGUGUGAAGACACCUUUGUUCACCGUGACUGUAUCAGUUGUUGUCCACCAACUUGCACAUUUGAAAAGGAUUGUCUUGGCAGCAAUCUGCACUGUUUAGAUGGCUGUUACUGUCCAGAUGGUCUCAUUAUGGAAAAUGGAACUUGUAUCUCUUUGUCGAAUUGUCCUUGUAUUUAUCAUGGAACUGCUUUCCCUGUAGGCUCAAAAAUUGAACAAGAAUGUAGCAACUGUAUUUGUGUUGGUGGCAUUUGGAACUGCACUGAUCAUGAUUGUCCAGCUGAGUGCUCCAUCACAGGCAGCUCUCAUUUCACGACAUUUGAUGGGCGCCAUUUUACCUUUCUUGGGAUUUGCCAGUAUAUUUUGGUAAAAGGCACUGGAAAAAACAAAUUCACAAUCACUUUACAAAAAGCACCUUGUGGACAGAACUUUGACCAUGCCUGCAUUGAGUCUAUAACACUGGUUCUUGAAGAUGACGUGAGGAAACAAGUAACUCUCACAAGAUUUGGUCAAAUCCAAGCUGUCCCUAACCAAGUUUUUAACCUCAAUGGGGCUAUUGAAAUUCAGAAUAUAUCUUCUUUCUUUGUUCAACUGAAAACUAGUUUUGGUUUGAAGAUACUGUUUUCUAAAGAUGGAGAGAGGAUCUAUGUUCAAGUUGAUGUCAGAUGGAAGAGAAGAACAUUAGGACUAUGUGGAACUUACAAUGGAAAUUUAAGAGAUGAUUUUCUAUCUCCUGCAGGGAUGAUAGAAGGGACCCCACAACUUCAUGCCAAUGCAUGGAAGGUUUCCUCAGCUUGCUCCAUGCCUAUCAAUAUUCCUGUUGUUGAUCCCUGCAAUGUGAAUCAGCAAAAUGCUGGGUAUGCAUCUCACUGUGAUAUCAUCAACCAAGAGGUGUUUGCUCCCUGCCAUGCCUACAUCAGUCCAGGGCUGUACUACCAGCUCUGCCGCUUCGACGCGUGCAAAUGUGGAAGCAGCUGCCUGUGCAACGCUUUGGCACACUAUGCUUAUGUCUGUGGCAAGCACGGCGUCGUCAUUGACUUCAGAUCUCAUGUUUCUUACUGUGCUGUGAUGUGUCACAGUGGUAUGCUUUAUCAUCAGUGCUCUUCUUUUUGUAAACAUUCCUGUGCUUCACUUUCCAUGGCAAAUAUCUGUGCUGAUGACUGUGCAGAAGGAUGUAAUUGUCCUGAUGGGAAGUAUUUUGAAGAGUCAGUCAACUUUUGUGUAUCAAUAUCUGGCUGUCAUUGUCAUUACAAAGGCAAAGCACUACAGCCUGGAGAAAUCCUUCCUACGCCAACAGGCUCCUGCCAAUGUUUGAAUGGAACAGUGACAUGUAUUGAAGCCACUACAGAAAACAUAGUUCACAUAUGCCCUGAAGGAAAAAUCUACUAUGACUGCAGAUCUCCUGUGCCUGGGUUACCAGCAGCGGGUGUGAACUGUGGGAUCUCUUGUGCGAACCUUGCCAUGAACUUCUCCUGUGUCCCCUCACCACCCUGUGCAAGUGGCUGCAUUUGCCCCCCUGGGAUGGCUGAGCACAGAGGGAAAUGUUAUAUUCCUGACAGUUGUCCAUGCACCUGGAAAGACAGAGAAUUUCUGUCAGGAGAAGUGAUAGCUACUCCAUGUUACACCUGUGUUUGUCGGAGAGGCGUCUUCAACUGCACCAGUUACCCCUGCCCUGCUGUGUGCACCAUUUAUGGAGACCGACACUAUUACACCUUCGAUGGGCUGGAGUAUGAUUAUGUCAGUGACUGCCAAACUUACCUGCUAAAGAGCACAGAUAACUCAAAUAUAUCUAUAAUUGCUCAGAACAAAAAGUGCUUUGACAAUGAUAUUGUUUGCUCAAAGAAUGUUUUCAUCACUGUUGGAGACACUGAGAUUUAUUUUAGCGAACCUUCUGAGAAGCAGAAGACCCUAGGGGCGCAAGAAAACAAAUCUAACUAUCAGCUGUGGAAGGCUGGAUAUUAUACUGUGAUACACUUUCCAGAACAGGACAUUACAAUUCUGUGGGAUAAGAAGACAAUGAUGCAUGUAAAAGUUGGACCUCGAUGGAAGGGAAAACUGGCAGGCUUGUGUGGAAAUUUUGACAAAUAUACUUCAAAUGAUCUGACUACAUCAAACAACAUGGAGGUGAGAAAUGCACAGGUGUUUGGAGACAGCUGGGUAUUAGGACAGUGUAAGAGCCCAAAUGAAACACUGAGACCAUGUGAAGUACAUCAGAGCAAGUUCCCUUAUGCAAAAAAGGAAUGCUCAAUUUUAUACAGUGAUCUUUUUGCACCUUGUCGCAAUGUGAUUGAUGUGACUUCUUUUAUCAAAAAUUGUCACACAGACACAUGCAACUGCAAUCUUGGUGGAGACUGUGAGUGUCUGUGUACCAGUAUUGCAGCUUAUGCCCACAAGUGCUGCCAGCAAGGAGCAGCGAUUCACUGGCGAUCUCCUCUGCUCUGUGCUUAUGACUGUGAAUAUUACAACCAAGGUCUUGGUGAAGGACCCUAUAUUUUGGCAAGUUUUGGAGUGAAUGACACAGUUAUAGGGGCUAAUGUAUCCAGCAGAAGGAUAUUUCCCUUGCCUAGAACUGGAGCACAUGGAAAUGUAAUUUUCAGUUUCAUGAUAACUCCAGGUCUUUUCAAAGAUAAAGAUUUAUCUCUGUCUCUUGUUUCCCUUGAAUCUGCUGAAAGACCAAACUACUUUCUGUAUGUACAUGACAAUGAAACCAUUGGGUUGGAGCAGUGGCAGGCAAAUGCCUCCUUUCAGAGACGAGCCACCUUCUUCCACCACCAGGGUCUCUGGAGUCCAGGGCUCAGUGCCUUCGAGCUGCACAGUAAAAAAGGCUUUUUCAUCAUUCUCACCUCAUCCAGUGUUAAAGUGGAAAAGUAUGAUGGUUCGGAAGAAUUCAAACAUUUCAGUAGUUUUAGUAUUGAAGAACUCAGUGCUUCUGUGCCUUACAGAAGGAUGUGUGAAUGGCGGUAUGAAUCUUGUGCUAAUCCUUGUUUUAAGACAUGUAGUGAUCCUGAAGGAACAGCAUGUAAAUUUCUUCCCCUGGUUGAAGGAUGCAUGCCAUACUGUCCCAAAAACAUGAUCCUUGAUGAGAUCACACUUAGAUGUGUUUAUCCAGAAGACUGCAUACCUGUGACACCUACAGAAUCAGACAUUGGACUGAAGCCUUCACUGAUAAUCUCUCACAUGGGUCCUACCACAGAGAGAUUUCCUCAGACACUCCCUGUAUUUGUUACUUCAAGGAAUAAAUCAACUCUCAUCGGUGUGACAGACAAAAUAACCAUAAAUGCAAAUACAGCUUCAAGGGGAAUGAAUAUGUCAGCACAGUCCAUUACAGACUUUUAUUCAUUGGAAGCUUCUAAUGCAGCCACCUAUUCAACAUUUUCCUUACCAAGUACAGUGGAGCCUUCUGAUGUACUUCACAGCACAGCCAGCCCUACUGUCCUUUCCAAACCCAUCCCUUCAACAGAUUUUCCAAUUCUUUUCCAAGCCUCAGCAGUCACAUCAUGUACUGACUGCUCUAAUGCAUCUAUAACUUUACCCAUUACAAUAACAACUCCAACAGCCCUGCUCAGUACAAGUCCUAUUCCAGCACAUUCUGCAUUAUUAACACCCACUUCCCUAGUGGUAGUUCCAUUUUCACUCGAAACAUCAACCACUCAGCUAGGAACAGUUCGGCUUUCCUCAGCACUAACAACUCUAGCCUCCAAGAUAUCUUUGGUCACUUCUGAGCUGCCUGCAGGGAUUGGGAAGAGUAGGAGUCCUUCAGUAAGUCAUUCUAAGGGAGCAGAAACACACUCUGAAGUGUCUUUGUCUGCCUUGGGGGCUGACAGAGAAACUUUCACAAGACCUGUAUUUCUUCUAGAUCCACGACUGACACUAAGAACGUCUACUUCUCCUAUAUCUACUCUGCCUGUUAGAACUAGGUCUGGCAUUAGUCAAACUGCAGUGUACCCAACACCCAGUUCUGCACUGACUUCAGCUGCUCCUCAAAUUCCUAUGACUACUAGAUUUUCUAGCUCCGAGACAAGUGUUCCUCAAUUAAUCACAGUUUCAUAUUUCAAAACAGCAAAACCUUUGUCUAAAACUUCUCUGAUAUCAUUAAAUGUUAGCUCUUCAACCAGUUUUCCUCCAAAGCCACUUUCAUCUUCAGUGCAAACUUCAACAACUGUUCCAGAGCAGACAUCUUCAUUAAAAAAGGGCAGUAUUUCUGCUGCUCUGCCAAUAAUGACUGUAUCUUCACCUCAAGUUGUUUAUCAAAUCCCUAAAAACACUUCAAGUGCUGCAACAUGCACAGUAUCUACACCAGUCCACUCUAUGUAUACCUCCCUGAAGCCCAAAGCUAUGCCAGGUGCCACUCUUGCCUCCAAAAGUUUUUAUACAGUACCUUCUAGUGCCUCCACUCCUCUAAUCAAUUCAACAAUCUUUGAUAGGUCUGUAGUGAGUAAAACCUCAACAGAAAAUAAGCAAAUAAUGCACACCAAUCUCUUUUCAUUAUCAUUUAUUUCUAAAAAGCCAAAGAAAUCUGUUACAUCUUCAGCCUUCCCUCUCAGGACAUUGGUAUCACCUCUAAAUUCCACACCCACUUCAGAACUUACAGAGUACCCAAAAAGUUCAGAUACAGAAUUGAAAACUGACCCUGUGGCUCAAAGUUCAGGUACUUCCAUUUCCAAAAAUCCUUCUUUUACAAGGUCAUUAUCUUUACUUACAACCUUGUUAUCAACAUCAGAACCAUCUUAUGUGACAUCUCAGACUACAAGUUCUUCAUUGAUUCCCACAGUCAGUAGCACAUCCCCACUACCACAAAAUAUAAGUGCUACCCAAGCAUCAGUUCCGUCUCUAGAUACACAAGGAACUUCAAAAAUUCCAACUAUAGAUCUUGCAACUUCUGUGGAUUUUUCUAAAUUCACUUUAAAAAUAAGUCUCUCUACCAACUUUUCAGCAGCACUAAAAACAUCCAUUGUAAUGCCCUCUUUACUAACACCUAACACCUCUGAAAUCAGUUUAGAAAGCCAGCCCUCUAUGCCUUCACCUCCUCCUAAGACCACUCAUAUCUCUAAUGUUUCUUUAGGAAAGCAGAGUUCUUCGGUAAGUUCUUCAGGAGAAGAAGGAACAAUAUCAGCCAUACCAGCUGGAAUCAUCACUCAAUCCACUACACCAAUGAUCAGGAACACAACAGUGAAUGCUACAUCCUCAAAAGCACCUUAUAUUUAUGCAAAAAUGCUACCUAGCUCUUCAGCCAGUUUAUUAGUUACUUCAGGGACCACCACCCUGGCCUCAAGGAUUACUACAAAAACUGCUGAUUCUUUUGUUGUCAAUUUGGAUUUUUACAUGGCUUCAGCUUCAGUUCCUACCACCAUAGAAACACACAAAUCUUUAUUUACAACUGCAGUAACUCAAGCUUCACAGAGCACUAGAGAAACUCCAAAGAUUAAUAUAAUGAAAACAACUGGUACUACGAAUCCACUAUCACAGAUGAAGAGUACCUCAUACAUAGCAUCAGAAAUUAAAUAUACAACUUCAUUUGAAAACACUGUGGAUAUUUCAGAAGAUGGUCAGAUGUCACAUGAGCAAAAAAAUGCUACCAAGAUAAAUGCUACAACCACAACUGACAAAUCUUCCCCACCUUAUUUGCCAGUAACCGCACUUCAGAGUCUGCUUUUUUCAAGAAAUACAACCUCAGUCAAAAAUAUCUCUAUUUCUGGAGUCCUGGAUGUAAUGACAUCAGAUACGUCCAAAAUCUCAACACAGAAGCCCAUUACGCCUUAUUUUAGUGUAACAGAGGCCACAGAGCUGCAAACCAGAGCUAUACUAGAUUUGUCUCUUUCUAGUGGUGGAAUGGCUCUGCCUUCCUCAUCAGAAACGAUGGCUGUAGAUGACAAGGCUUACUUUGGGCAGAUGAUGCACACACUGAUAUCUACAUCUUCUGAGUGUGUGAUUAUAACUGAUUAUAACAUGUACGCUCAAUGCAUAAUGCUUUACAUAGAGUAUUCCACUAAAACUGGAUGGAACAAUGUGGGUGUGGGUGAAUGGACACGCACCAUUGUCACUGGUUACAACCACACAAAUGCAAGUCAUUCCAAAAUACCUGAUGAGGGGCAGCCAAGAUACCUUGAACCUGUUGACAAAUGUAGUCAGUAUGUAUGUGUGAAUACGGCUUGGAUGUUAUACAAUCUUUCAAGGAACUGCCCUAAGGAUGUGCAGAAGCCAGAUUGUGGUUUUCGAGGAAUGCCUGUUCAAGUUAACACUGACAGCUGUUGUCCAGAAUGGCAAUGUCCCUGUCAGUGUUCUGUACUGUCAGAACUGAGUGUUAUUACAUUUGAUGGAAACAACAUAGCCCUCUGUAAUAUGGCUUCCUAUGUUUUAGUCAAGUUACCAGGAGAAAUUAUUGUUGCUCAUAUUGAAAAAUGUCCUGCUAAUCAGAGUGCAAAUUCAAUAAGAAAACUAGUGCCACCUGCAAACACUUCAGGGCUCUGUUUUAAGAAAUUAAAUGUCACAACACACACUUGUCAAAUACUUAUCAAUCGUUUAGCAAGAAAAGUAGUUGUAGAUUCUGAAAUUCAACCAUUACCAUUUUCAAGAGAAGGACUGAAUGUUCAGGAUACUGGUGCAAUGUAUGUGGUUAAUACCCCAGGUGGGAUUAGCAUCAAGUGGGCUCACAUUACAGGCAUCAUAGAUAUACAGUACGGAUUAGACUCCAACACAACGAGGAAGACAGAAGGACUUUGUGGGGUGUGUAAUGGAGAUCCUAGUGAUGACCUGAAAAUGCAAAACAUGACCAUAAUUACAAAUAUGGAAGAAAUUGAAAUGUUCAUUAAGAGCUGGGAAAUUGAGAAAUCACUUGAUGUAACAACUAGGAGGCCAGUAAGAAACUGUACUGAAGAUAACUGCACAUACUGUAUGGAACUGUUAAACAGAAGCAUUUUCAUCCCUUGUCAUAAGAAAGUGUCACCACAGGAAUUUUGUGAGAAGAUGUGGAUCAACAGUACUAAUUUUUGGAACUAUGAGUGUGAUGCACUUUCUGCAUAUGUGGCUUUAUGCAACAAGCACAACAUCUGCAUUAAAUGGAGGACACCUAAUUACUGUUCACUGAGCUGCCCUGAGGGCAAGGAAUACCAGCCUUGUGUGCAACCCUGUGAAGCCAAGACAUGCUUGAAUAAAUGGUUCUAUGAGGAUUCUCCCUGUUCCUAUUUAAGGGAAGACUGUGUGUGUAAAAACGGCACCAUUCUGCAUAGAACAGACUCAGACCUCUGUAUACCAGAAGAAAAAUGCACAUGUACAGAUAAUAAAGGACAACCCCGCUCUACUGGGGAGAUCUGGAAUGGGUCCAUGAGAGGGUGCUGCAUGUACAGCUGUUUAGAAAAUGGAAGCAUUAUUGCUGUAGAACCUGAGUGCAGUGAGGAUCCACCACCAGUCUGUGAAAGAGAAGGGGAAGUUCUACUCCAUGUCAUUGAAGAGAGAGCUUGCUGUCCCAAGAAAGUUUGUGAAUGUAACAUGUCAUUGUGUGAUGCCAUUAUUCCAACAUGCAAACCCAAUGAAAAAUUAGUGGUAGGCUACCACCCCCUGUCCUGCUGCCCACAGUACCGAUGUGAAUGUGAUCCUUCAGUUUGUUUCAAUGCCUCCCAGCCUGACUGCAGAGAAGAUCAGUUUAUUGUUGAGGCAAAACAGGAAGAUCCCUGUUGUUUCUCUCAUCUCUGUGUGUGUGAAUCCUGUAUUGAACCUGUUCCCUUGUGUAGUGAAGGGGAAAUUCUCACUGUAGACCUUAAUACCAUACACUACUGCUGUCCUCAUUACUACUGUGUUUGUGACGAAAAUCUUUGUUCUGAGCCUCCUAUGAUUUGCACAGAUGACAUGAUGCCUGUGAAGGAAAAAGUACUCGGGCAAUGUUGUCCAGAAUGGCACUGUGAAUGUAGUUGUGAAAAUGCUACCAUGCUGACCUGUAAAUUGGGAGAAGUUAAAAAAAUAGAUAGCAGUGUUUCCAGUGCUUGUGGAUGCACUCACUAUAUUUGUGAGAAGGAUGAUGUGUGCAUCUUCCAAGAGGUCACAGUACUGAAUCCUGGGCAGUCAGUGAUUCAGUACUUGGAUGGAGACCUUUGUUACACUGUACAGUGUUUACAAGAAAAAGAUCAGAACACAGGCUACAAUGCCAUGCAUUUCACAAUGAUGAACUGCUCCCAGCAAUGUGAAGCCCAUCAAGUAUAUAUUCCUUCCUUCAGUCACGAUACUUGCUGUGGUAUGUGUCAAAAUGUGUCCUGCUCUUUUCAUACAGAGAAUGGAACACUGAUUUUGUAUGAGGAAGGAAGCACCUGGACCUCCAACUGCACCAACUACAAAUGUGUUAAGACUGCUGCAGGGGCUAUUGCACUGGGAUCAAGUGUUGUCUGCCCCCCAUUUAAUGACACUGAGUGUACAAAGAAUGGAGGAAUUGUGCAGACGUAUAAUGAUGGCUGCUGCAAGACCUGCAAAAAGGAAGAAAGGAUUUGCCAGAAAAUGACAAUCAGGACAACCAUAAGAAAAAAUGACUGUAUAAGUCAAAGCCCGGUCAAUGUGGCUUCAUGUGAUGGCAAAUGCCCAUCUGCAACAAUUUACAAUGUCAAUAUUGAUAGCCAUCUAAGGUUCUGUAAAUGUUGUCGAGAAAUUGGAACACGAGUCGUGACUGUGCCCUUGCGCUGCUCAGGAAACGGCACCGAAAUUAUGUACGUCAUUCAAGAGCCCAUAGACUGCUCAUGCCAGUGGAACUGA